AUGGAAAAUAUCUUUACUGUCCAUGAUGUUGUACUAAGUAGACGAGGGUCUUACAUUUUAGGAACCUUGAUAUUGUCUUCCCAUCAUCUUGUAUUUACAUUUACAUCAAGUCAGAAACAAACAUCACCAACAUCAUCAACAGCAUCUACACCUGUACAACAAAAGGAAAUUUGGAUAUGCUACCCUAUAAUUGAAAGAAUAGCCAAAUCUCGAGGGUCAACCUGGUUAAACAACAAUGCGGCAGCCUCAAAUACAUCAAGCCUUGAGUAUCGAAUAACAUCUGCCAUGUCCUCAUCGUCAACAGCAACUUCUAAUUCACCUUCGCCCCAACCUCAAUCAGUUCCACCUCAGAUUGAUGGACUCGAUAAUUAUAGUGCUUCAAAUAUUAGAUUACAAUGUAAAGACUUUACAUACUUUUCAUUUGAUUUCAAGAAUGACUUAAUAUGUACCGAAGUGUUCAAUAAGUUGAGUUCACUAGCUACUACUGUCAAAACUGAAAACGAUAUCAAAUCACUAUAUGCAUAUUCGUACGUUCCUAACAAUUUAGAAAAGAGACUAGAUGUCAGAGGUUGGGAUAUAUAUGACCCUGUGGCUGAAUAUACCAGGUUAGGGUUGAUUUCAAACGGUGCAGAUGAUAAGUAUUGGAGAUUAACUGAAGUGAAUGUCGAUUACAAGUUUUGUCCAUCAUAUCCUCGACUUCUAAUUGUGCCAAAUUCCAUAUCUGACAAUGUAUUGAAGCAUGCGGCGAAAUUCAGAUCAAAACAGAGAAUACCUGCAGUUGUGUACAAACACAAAUCCAACAUCAAUGGGAAUGUAAUAGCUAGAUGUGCACAGCCUCUAGUCGGAUUGAAUUUACAAAAUCGUUCGAUUCAAGAUGAGAAGUUAAUUGGGGAGAUUUUUCAUUGUCAAGAUGUUGAACGUAGUAAACGAUUGAAGGCUGGGGAAGUCGACGAGACUACCGAGUAUCAGUCACAACAAACACAGCGGAAUUUACUUGUCGAUUUGAGACCGGUAACGAAUGCAAUGGCACAACAUGCGUUGGGAGCAGGAACUGAGAAUGUCGACAACUACAGGAACAAAAAGAGUCGAAAUGAUGACACCAAUGGUGAUGAAAAUAACUCCUACCAUUCUAGGAGCCCGCGUCAAGUUGAUAAGAUAUUCUGCAACAUAGAUAAUAUCCAUGUGGUGAGAGACUCGCUAACAAAAUUGACGACAAUAUUAAAUGACCUCGAUAGGUUUCAGCAACCUUCUACUCCGGGCCAAUCGCAAAGUCCGGCAGUAACAGCGGCUUUACAGCAUGCCCUAACCAAGACACAAUGGUUAAACCGUCUUUCCAUUAUACUUCAAUCAGUUGACAGAAUAACGAAAUCGAUUCAUUUAAACAACACAAAUGUGAUCAUACAUUGCUCUGAUGGAUGGGAUAGAACUUCGCAAGUAUCAGCAUUGGCACAGUUAUGUCUAGACCCAUAUUAUAGAACAACCAAGGGAUUCAUGGUGUUACUUGAAAAGGAAUGGGUUAGUUUUGGAUUCAAAUUCAACACUAGGGCUGACCAUGGUGGAUGUAUUGGUGCCCUUAUGAAAAAGGAGUCAAAGAAGCAAUAUUUGCAUCAACUUCGCGAUGGCAACAAAACUGAUGAACAAUCGUCGGAAAUGUCAAUUGACAGUUUACAGUUGGAAAACAAACUCGCCAGUGAAGCAUCAGGUACUGGAAGUGCGGCAGCUGCCAGCGUCACUUCAUUUUUACAAAAGGCAACUAGAGCAGCUCGUGAAAUCAAAAAUAGUGCUCAGAAUGGAUUAUCCAAUUAUCCAGAAGGAAAUCGAUCCAAUUCACCUGACGCAAAUUCAGAUAAGCUGUUUUACUCGGCAUCUUCAAGCAUCUAUAGUGGAAGCAACGAACGUUCUCCAGUUUUCCACCAAUUUUUAGACUGCGUUUAUCAAAUUGUUCGUCAACAGCCUACAAAAUUUCAAUUCAAUACGAGAUUUCUCAAGAGGUUGUUAUAUCAUUACUAUUCUUGUCAAUAUGGAUCCUUCUUGUGUGAUUCCGAACGUGAGUUGCUCCAGGUUUAUAAAUGCUAUGACUCGACUGUGUCUAUUUGGGAUUAUUUCAAUUCAAGACCAAAUGAGUUUCAGAAUAGGUCGUAUGAAACAGAGGAUACUGAAAAUGAUGGGGUUGUAUUUUUCAAUUCUGCUGAUAUGAAAUGGUGGUUUGAAUUGUAUGGAAGAUCGGAUGAGGAGAUGAAUGGGUUGUCCAAUUCUUUGGAUAGAAAAUUUGCUCAAAUGGCAAUAAAAAAAGAGUAG